CGUGCGGACUCCGUGUUAUACAACCUUAAUUGAACCUUAACAGUCAAGAUUUAAAGCUCAAAUUCCUUUAUUCUUUUCUUUUAAACGUGCGUUUAAUUUGUCGCGAAUGGAGCUAGUACCUACUUACUUUUUUAACAGCUUAAACGAAGCUACGGGAACGAUAAAUGAAAUUACCGAGUUCGUAACUGAAUUUUGUAACGUAAACCCUUGUUCGGACUUUUUUACUCUUGAUUAUUGGAAAAAUCUUAUUUUUAAUAGCGAUUUGUUUAACUUGCAAUUAUGGAAACAAUUCUUUUACAACAUGGAGUUCGUGAAUACUGAUUUUUGGCGACAUUUUUUUCACGCUGUAGCUACAAAUUCUAAUUUAUUAUUUCUUCUGAUUUCUACGUGCGUGUAUCUUUUCAUUCACGAUAUUGUUGUUAUGUUUUGUACGCGAUUUCAAAGAGUAUUCCUGUAUUAGUUCGUCGUCGUUAGUUUUAAGAUUCGCAAUGGACCGGCAAGGAGUGUUAAUUAUGGCGAUAAGCAUCGUAGGGGCCAUGGGCUUUAUCCCCCAUGGUUCUAUUGGGGAAAAGGAUCAUAUGCUAACGGAGGCUUUGCUUCGUGAAGUGGUGGAACGCAUGGGCAAGGAGUUCAACGAUGCCGCUUCCAGCUACCUGGAGUAUCCAGCCAGUGAGCGCCAUCUAGCGCUCAUGGCCCGCGCCAGCAAAGACCUGGAGAAUGAGCAGUUGGACUAUGAUUCGCUUAUCGAUGGGAACCCGAAUCCAAGCCUUCGUGAUCAGGAGUAUUUGCAGCACAGUUCGUUGUGGGGCCAUCAGUACGUGACCGGUGGUGCUGGCGAGGGUGAGCAGCGUCUUCAACCCUCAGGAGUGGUGGCCAACCGGCAGCGCGUGAAGACUGAUGCAGUCCUGCCAGCCUACUGCAACCCGCCUAACCCUUGCCCUGUUGGAUAUUCUGAAGACCAAGGCUGCAUCAGCGAGUUCGAGAACACCGCCGCAUUCAGUCGGGAGUACCAACUGGCGCAGCGAUGCAUGUGUGACGAGGAACACAUGUUCAGCUGCCCUCCCGACUCCGGCGCAGACCUCGAUCUCCCCUUCCCGAAGCACCACAAGAGUGUCGCCGCGAAGAAGUAUAAGCCUGCUGAAGAAAAUCCUUAUCUGACGGGCGAACGUUUACCGAUCGCAGCUAAAAAAGGUUUUGAUGUCAAUGUGUACUAAGUCUCUAGUCUUAAAUAGAUGUAUACUAUAUUAGUUAGUAUUUACCUUUUGGGAAUGUGGGCGUAGUAUCACCUUUAGCCCACUCUUUUUGGCAUAAUUAUUGUCUUUAUAUUAAUAGUAAGUUCUGUUACAACCUCAUUUAGAACGGACGUGUGUCGUUGAAA